UCGAAGGUUUAAAUUCAAUAUGCACGGUAGGGUCUGAAUUUCAUGGAAGUAACAAUCAUUUUCCAUCCUUAUUAACUUUGGAAUUCAAGGGCAUGCUGAUAUGGGAGGAUUGGUCUCAUUGCAUCGACACUGAAGAAGUUGGAGUUGUAUUCCCCCGUCUUGACCAUCUCGUCAUUCAGGAUUGCCCUAAGCUGAAAGCUUUGCCAGCUUUCAUUAGCCUUCCAUCUCUCAAUGAAUUAGAAUUCAAAGGUUGUAAUGAGGGGGUGCUGCAGAGUUUGGUAAGCUUGACAUCUCUAACUGCUCUAACCAUAAAUGAUGUUGUUGAACUGACUUGCUUAAAUCACGGACUCGCAAGCUCCUUGAUCAAGCUAGAGGAGUUGGAGAUUAGAGAAUGUACAAAGUUAAGAUAUUUGUGGCAAGACGGAGAUGCAAUUCGGACUCUUCGUUGUUUGAAGAGGUUAGUUGUACACAAUUGUCCGGAAUUCAUAUAUUUUGUGGCUAAAGAAGGAGAUAUAGAGCUGCCUGGUAAUCUCAAGACUAUCAAAUUGAUGAAGUGCGUCAAUUUAGAGAAGCUUCCAAGCACAAUGCACACUCUCUCCUCUCUUAGAGACUUGACGAUCUAUGAAUGUCCAAAACUCUUAUCCUUCCCAAAAACAGGUAUACCUACAUCAAUGAUAUCAUUAAAUAUCGAGUGCUGCGAGAUGUUGCGAUCUUUACUUAGAGGAUUUUUACCCACAACUCUCAAGAGACUUGGCAUUUAUGACUGCGGGGGGGUGGAGUCACUCGCGGAGAUAAAUCUAGAUCCUCUUCAGUCUCUUCAAGAGAUUCAAAUUGUGUGUUGCGAGAAUUUGAUAAGCUUACCCCAGGGUCUGCACACUCUGUCUCAGCUCACUUCCUUGGUGUUGUCUGGUUGUCCUGCUUUGGAGGUAGAGUGCUUCCCUCCUCUUCCUCCCAGUAUCUUGGAAUUUUUUCUGUAUAGCUGUCCGAAGAUAAAAUCGUUACCUAAUCAAUUGUAUCAGCUCACAUGUCUCCGAAAGCUGUCAAUUUGGAGGUGUGAGAGAUUCACGCGCUUUCCCAACGGAGGAUUGCCGCCCCAGCUAUGGGAACUUGAGGUGACUCAAUGUGAGAAUAUGAAGCAACCAGUGAGGGAGUGGCUCACCCCUCUCACCUCCCUUGGAAGGCUAAAUAUCGACGGUAGUGCGGGAGGAGUGGGAGAGGAGGAGGAUCUUGUGCUUCCGCUCCCUUCCUCUCUGCUCCAUCUCUCUAUCCAUGAUAUGGGGAAAGUGGAAAGACUGUCCAGCAGUCUCCCUCCCUCUCUACAGAACUUAUGGAUCCAGUGUUGCCUGAAGCUGAGGGAGUUGCCCCAGGAUAGCCUCCCUCCCUCCCUCGAAGAACUCCUUUUAUACAAUUGCCCAAUUCUAGAGAAGCGAUGCAAGAAAGGGACCGGCUGCUAUUGGCCCCUCAUUUGCGAAAUCCCACAAAUUACAUUAGGCAUGUAUAUAGGCUGAGGCCUGGCUCUUUCAUCAUCUAUGUCCUUCCCCUGUUGUUGUGUGCACCUCCAUCGCCACCGCUGCUUCGGCUCUCCACUCCGUCGUCGUCCUCACCUCCAUCUCCAUCUCAUGAAUAUAUUCCAAUUAAAACAGUUCUCCGAACUCCUCCGAUUCUUUCGUUCUCGCUGUGCUCCGCCUCAUUCUCCAAGAUUCUCUAAAUCUUGCUCGCCUUUCAAGUUACAUUGGAAUUCCCAUCGGUGAAGUUUGCCGGUACCAUGCCUAGAAGAAGAUGCUGCUGAAGGUGGGGACCCUGAGAUGUGAGAUUGCUUCUCAUUGUAAAGACGAAGAGGGGAGAUGCCAACUGCAGGCUCAUCUAUCAUUAGCAUCUUUGACCUUUUUGUGGGAACUCUUUCCCAUGAUGGUUCUCAAAUUACUCGCUGGGGAUAGAGCAUUUACCUGAAGUGGAAGGAAGUCGGUAUCAACUCUCUGUCUGCAUUUACUGAUGCAAAGUAAUUAUUCCCACACAAGCAAUCUUCUCAUUUCUGAGCAUACUGUGGCGCACAUUGGAAUCUAUGGGGGACACGGAUUUUAUUGCAGCUUAUCCCUCUAUUCCAUCAUUUUACUCACCAUCCAAGAUUAAGGAAUGGAUUAGUUGGUUUGAGUACAGACACAAAUAUUCCUAUUCUGCUUCAUGAAAUCAAAGAAGCAUCGCCCUGGAGUCGCUGGCUGGCAAAGUUUAAAGGACAACAAUUGGGCAAAACUAGGGGCUGUGAAAAAUGUCCCUUCCAUCAUCGUGUCCUUCUCCUUUGUUGUCUGCACCUUAAUCACCUAUGCUUCAUCUCUCCACUCCAUUGUCCUCAAUUCCAUCACCGUCUCCAUCUCACGAAGAUGUCUUAAAAUCAGAUUACAUUGGAAUUCCAUUGGUGAAUUGUGUUGGUAAGACCCAGUGACCUAUAGAAAGGUCUAUAUACCCUUCCUUCACCAUCGCCUCACUGGUAUUAAGUCUAGGAGGAGAAGAUGCUGAAGGGGACCCUGGAUGUGAGAUUGCUCCUCAUUGUAGAGACAAAGGGACAUGGCACUACGGGCUUUGUUCUUCAGAUCUGACUUUUGUGGAAGCUUUUCCAUGAUUAGUCGGUUCUCAAAUUACUCAUGGAGAUAGCAUUCACCAGAAGUGGAAGCAACUCAGUGUUAACUUUGUGUCUGCAUUUACCGAUACAAACUACUUAUUCCACACAUGCAAUCUUCUCAUUUCUGAGCAUACUGUGGUGCACAUCAAAAUCUAUGGGGGACAGAUUUAUUCCACCUCAACCCUUCCAUUCCGGCAUUUUACGCAGCAUCCAAGAUUAAAUAGUGGUUUAGUCGGUUUGAGUACAGACACAAGUGAAGGCAUUUUUGUGUCCUGGAUAGCACUCGAUGAUAUCUUUGUCUAUUGUUUAUUCUGAUAAUUAUUUAUGUUCUGCUUCAUGGAAUCAAAGAUGCAUAGCCUUGCAGUCACAGGUUGGCAAAGUUUAGAGGGUGGGUAGAUUUGUUUCCGCUAUUUCUUUUCACAGGCUGUUUGAAAGACAUGGCUAAUGAUCAUGGGGUAUAAUCAGAAUCUGGAAAGAAUCUCUUCUGACGGAUUAGCAAAUUGUCUGCAUUCUACUUGUUCAUUUCUAGCAUUGUAUCAAAGCAUAUUAAUGGUUUAAAAUUUCUCAUCUUUUAUGUUUCUUGUUAUCAUCUGCAGCUAUCUCAUUGAUGUGAUUACGUCCACAUUUUGUUGUGUGUGUCUUAAGGGAUUGGUUCUACGCAAGGGGAAUGCUGACUUAUACAUUAUAUGUACAUUUGUUUGGUCAAAUACGUUCUAUAUACAUUGCUUAGCACGUUGCUUAACAGCUUACGGUGUUUUUAGAAAGGAAUUUGUCUAACAUGCAGCAAUCAAAUCAAACAGCUUGGCCAAUCGUAUGUUCUUAUUGGUUCUUUCUUCCUGUAAUUGUGGUUUGUCUGGAAGACUUUCAGACAAGGAUUGUAAGCCUCUAUAAAAUCAUUGAAUUACAAAUAGAUUUCAAGCUUGGACAGUUAAAAGCCGCUCAUAUGCCGGCGAACUUCAGCUUAUUGUCUCUGUCAUUCGUAGUCUAUUAGUGUCCACUCUUUUUGUUUCCCAAGAAAGUUUUUGAAAUGUUCGAGCAAAAGUGUAGAGCUUUCCUUUGGAAUGGAGAUCCUUAUGCCAAAGAGGGAGCAAAAGCUAGAUGAAACACUUUUUGUCCUAAGCAGUUUGGAGGACUUGGCAUUUGAAGAUCGGAUUUGUGAAAUCUUUUUGUAGUUUAAAUUGUCUGUGGAGUAUUUUGUUGAGUUGUGGGCUCUAAGUGUUUUGCCUGGCUCUCUAGCUAUCAUCUUGACUGUAAACCAGAUGCUACGUAUGCUUGGAAGAGUUUAUUAAAAGUCAGGAACAUUUUGAAAUCCCACAUUAUACAAAUAGUGGAUAAUGGAGAUAAUAUUUCUCUUUGGUAUGAAUUCUGGCACUAUGCCGGAAUCAUUCUCGAUAAGAAUAAUUUAUGAAUCUUCUGUUCUCUUCUCUGCAGACCAAAGGAUCGACUGCAAUACGUUAACUCUCAUUGGAAAUGCCUGCUGCUAGGUCUGAAGGGUUGGUUCCCAUACAAGCUGCAAUUUGUGAAACAAGGAUGCUGAUGUUGGCUGGGACAAACUUGGGUGGUUCUUCCCUAAUGUGCCAAGAUUUAGCUUUUUUUUUUUGGGUUAGUAAUACAUGAUAAACUUCCCGCUGUCGAGAGGAUUUACAGUUGGUCUGUUGAGAGUAACUAGAUCUCUCUCUCUCUCUCUCUCUCUCUCUCUCUCUCUCUCUCUCUCUCUCUCUCUCUCUCUCGUUCUGUGAUCUACGUAUUGAAUAUUGCUCUCAUCUGUUUAUUGAGUGUAGUUUCUCCCCAAUCAAUUAUGGAGAAAGGUGCUGCAGCUUUGUUCGAUUCA